AGGAAUGCGCUUCAUCGCCUAGGGGAGUGGAUGGAUGGAGGGGACAGGGUCAUGAAGGUAACCACAACCUUUGGGUUGGAUUUAGGGGGCUGUUACCGCAGAAGGAGCCUAUCCAUUAUUAAUAAUCCAGGGAAGAGCGAGCCGGAGAUCCUUGAACCGAAGCGCAACCAUCGGCGAGUCAUGUCCCCAACUGACAGCGCUUCCAGAGGAGCCGACGAAGAGGAUAAAGGAGGAUGAAGGAGGCAGGAGGCGAAGAGGCAGAGGAGGAUUAUAAUGAAGUUGAGUGGCAAAGGACUGUGCACCAUCGUCUCCAGCAGUCUGCUUUUCGUGUGCGCCCUGAGCGCCGUGGUCGUGGGAUUCAGAUGUAUCGCGCUGGGCUCCAGGGUGCGAGCGCACUUCCACCUGGGCUCCGCGGCCGGCGCGUUUUACUCGGGGAUCCUAGUGGCUGUUGGGCAGGUCCUGAUGUGGACGGCGCUGAUCUUUUGCCGGGGCAAGCCACAGUGUGGGAAUUUCUUUCUCUUUGGGAUCUUAGUGUUUCUUCUAGGGGUGCUGACGGCGUUCUCGGGCGCGGUGGUUGACGGCGACACGGUGUCGCUGGUAGAGAGGAAGUACGCGCACUAUUGCCUUGACUCCGUGGAUCUAAACCAGGCGUGCGACCGGCUUAAGGUUUACCAGAGGGGUCUGGUGGUUUCCACCAUCCUUAACACUCUAGAGUGUCUCCUGGGGCUCUUGAACUUGGUGAUUAUUAAGCGCUACCAAACGGAGCGGAUUCACCGGAGUCGCCGCGCGCAGAGGCGGAGCGCACGGACGAUUAUCCUCAACGAGGAGCGCGACUUCGCGGUCACGGAGUUCCAGCCGGUCUCUUACAUCAACCUGGGGGUGUUACACGCUUUGAACGAGGCUGACGGGGAGGCCCACGGCAGGGGCCACCCGUCCAUGGAGCUCCCUGGCUAUUCACCCGCGGAUCCGGAGCUCAAUCACUCGUACCCGUUUUCUUACCCACUUCGCAACGAGUUGCCACCCGCCUACGAGGACAUAUUUCCCGGAGAUACGUGCCACAAUUAGCAA